AAGAAAAGGAAGACAAAAACUGACAAGGAUGACUGGUGAUACAGCCGUUCACCCAGCGACCAGCGACCCACAGGCGGCGUCGCUGUUCUGAAGCCGGUUCCGGGUCCAGCCGGCUCUGGUUCUGCUCUCGGCUCGUCCGCUCUUUGUCAGCUCGUUCACACAGCCGGGCGGCUCUGCGCGCUCUCUGUCAAUGAACCAAGGACUGUUGUGUUUCGCCGGAUUAUUGUUGGUGUUUUGCUGCGGCCACACGGAAGCCUGUUGUGUUUGUUGUGGCCGCUCUCACUGAUCGAUUCAGCAGCGCUAAUUUCCCUGUUAUUAUCCGGAACAACUGCUGGGAUUAGCGAGAUCUCUUGCUCUAAUCGCUGUCAUCCCAUUAUAGUUCGCAUGGGUUUGUGGUGCUAAGGUGUUUUUCCCCUGGCGCUUUUUGUCUUCUCCUCGUUCUGGUUCCGUGCCGGCGCUUCUUCUUGCCACCAUCCGAGCCUGGUCUGCGGAGCGCCAUGCCGGAGUGUGUGUCGGUGUCAGAGUUCGUGCAGGAGGUCCAGGAGGACUGGAGCUCCCCCACCACCUCCUCCUUCACCUCCAAGAUGAGCAGCUGCAGAAACACCGUGUACCUGCUGGAGGAGGCUUUGGACAGUGACCGCUUGCUGCUGGCCAAGAUGAAGAAAGCAGCCAAAGCCAAGUACACGUCAGGACAAGAUCAUGUCAAUCACCUUGAGCAGUAUAUCAAUUCGAUGGAGAAGUUGUCGGUCAACUGUCACUCAAACGGCGAGUCCGAGGUGGGCUCUGCCUUCUGUCGCCUGGCUGACUUCUCCAAAGAGCUUCUCUCGCCCAUGAAGAAGCUGUUGAAGAGCAUGCUCCACAACAUCAACUUCUUCCUGGACUCGCUGGUGAAAGGAGACCUGCGGGAGGUGAAGGGGGAUCUGAAGAAGCCGUUCGACCGAGCGUGGAGGGACUACGAGAGCAGAUUCAAGCAGGUGGAGAAGGAGAAGCGUGAGCUGGCUAGACAGUACGGCAUGGUGAGGAGUGAGGUGAGCGGAGGAGAGAUCGCAGAGGAGCUGGAGAAGGAGCGACGCUCAUUUCAGCUGAGCAUGUGCGAGUACCUGAUCAAGGUGAACGAGAUAAGGACAAAGCGAGGAGUGGACCUGCUGCAGAACCUCAUCAAGCAUUACCACAGCCACAACAACUUCCUGCAGGAGUGUGUGUCCACCACUCAGAGGCUGAAGCAGUACAUGGAGGAGCUGAACGGCAUCUUGACCUCGGUGAAGCAGCGGCAGGACGAAGAGAAGCGACAGCUGGUGUCGCUCAGGGAUCAGCUGCGGCCCGUGGUCCACACAGAGCAGGUGAGAGAACCUUGGUGUUUGGAAUCAAGUGUGCGGAAUGAAGGCACGCCUUUGCUGAGGCCAUCUCCUCAUGUGCAGGACACGUUACCGAAGCAGGUGUACAGCAUGCACCAGCUGCUGGGAGACAAACAGUAUGGGACCGAAAGGAGCGGGUUCCUCUACAAGAAGAGCGACGGUCUGAGGAAAAUGUGGCAGAAGAGGAAAUGCUCAGUUCACAACUGUUACCUGACCAUCGCCCAUGCCACCCCAAACAAACCUCCGACCAGACUCAACCUGCUCACCUGUCAGGUCAAACCCAGUGUGGAGGACAAGAAGUGCUUCGACCUCAUUUCCCACAACAGAACCUACCACUUCCUGGCUGAGGAUGAACCAGAGUGUGUCGCUUGGAUAUCAGUGCUGAGCAACAGUAAGCAGGAAGCUCUGAGUGUCGCUCUGGAUGGAGGGAAGAAAGGAGGAGGUGGAGGAGGUGGUGCGAGCAGUGUGGAGGAUCUGACACGGGCCAUCACUGAUGACAUCAGGCGGAUGCCCGGAAACAACUGCUGCUGUGACUGUGGAGCUCCAGAUCCUGGUUGGCUUUCCACCAAUCUUGGUGUCCUCACCUGUAUCGAGUGUUCAGGGAUCCACAGGGAGAUGGGGGUUCACAUCUCCAGGAUCCAGUCUCUCAGUCUGGACACUCUGGGGACAUCAGACCUGCUGUUGGCCCGGAACGUUGGCAACUCAGGCUUCAAUGAAAUCCUGGAGGCGAAUUUACUGAGUCCAUCUCUGAAACCGUCGCCUCUCAGCCACAUGGCGGAGCGUAAAGACUUCAUCCAGCUGAAGUAUCAGGACGUGCACUUUGUGAGGAGAAGUCACAGCUCCGCAGCAGCGCUGCGAGUCCUGCAGGAGGCCACCAAGAGCUGCGACAUCUACAGUCUCAUUCAGCUGUACGCCCAGAAGACAGACUUGAGUCACCCACUGCCCACUCACAUACAGGAAAAAGGUGAGACAGCACUGCAUCUGGCGGUUCUCUUAGCUGACCGGACCUCGCUGCACAUCCUGGAUUUCCUGGCUCAGAACUGCUCCAAUGUGGACAUGCACACCACAUCUGGCAACACAGCGCUGCACUACAGCUGCCUGCACAACAAGAGCGACUGUGUCAAGCUGCUGCUGCGCGCCCGCGCCAACACACACAUCAAGAACGAGUUGGGGGAGACUGCUUUAGACGUGAGCCGCAGGUUGAAGCACGGCCAGUGUGAGGCGCUGCUGCAACAGGCCCAGUCCAACCAGUUUGACCAUCACGUCAACGUGGAAUACGAGUGGAGGCUGCGUCACGAUGAUCCGUACGACAGCGACGAUGACUUCGAAGACAAGAAUGGCCCUGUGAAGAAGGAGCGCUCCUCCUCCUCCACCUCCUCCUUCUCCUUCUCCUCUCGUCCUUUCAGCUUCAGCCAGUCGCUCUCCUCCUCGUCCGUCACACCGCUCUACUGCGGAGCAGGAGGAGCGCCGGGGGGAGGUGGGGGUCUGCUCAGCGUGGGCAGGAGACUGGCCAUGGCCAUGGACCUCCACAGCCGACCCUCUGGGUCAGCCCCCAGUCCACCUCCCCCUCCACCCUCCUCGCCUGCUCCACCACUGCCCCCUAGAGUCAAAGCACCCAACGUUCCCCCUCCUCCCCCUCCGGGUGGGAAAGACGGAUAUGGGGAGGAAGGGGAUGAUGAAGGAGAGGUCUUCCUCCCCUUCUCAGGAAACUGUAGGUCCCCACCUCUUCCAUCAGCAGCUGCCCACCACAAGAGAACCUAUUCGGAGUCCGGCAAGCAGGACUAUGGUUUGCCCAACAGUCCCAGGAUCUACAGUGGCCCUGAGUCUUCAUUCAAGAAGUGUGUGCCGUCAUCUGCUCUCAGCUCAGUGACCGAACGACCCGACCGAGGUUUCCGACGAGCCGACAGCGACACAAGCACCUCCCACUUCACGUUCGCCAAUCACAAGUCUCCCAAUGGUUCGCCCACCAAUCACCGCUCCCAGAGCUUCGAGGUUAACAGCAGCAGAGGCCCCGCCCCCCAGCCACGCCCCCGCAGAUCACUGCCUCGUGGCUCCUCCAGCCUGCGGGCUCAGGCGCUCUACGACUGCCAGGCGGACCACCACGACGAGCUGAGCUUCUGUGAGGGCCAGAUGCUGGUGGUCCUGGGUCAGGAGGACACCGACUGGUGGCACGGUUACGUGGAAGAAGAACCAGACCAGAGAGGUCUGUUUCCGUCCUCCUUCGUCCAGCUGCUCUCAGACUGACCCUCCACCUGCUCUGAACCGGGUUUCUUCUCCUCGCUGUGUGGUUCUUUCCCAGAGACCUUGAGUCCAACACCAUCCUUUCACCGAUCCGACAGUUGCCGUAGCGACAACUCAUGCCCAUGCCUUCCAUCACCACGGCAACGGCACAUAUGAACUUUUUGUAAAUCUUCGUUGGGGGUCUGCAAAUGAAAUCACUACUUUUGUGUCCGUCACAUGAAUGUCAGUAAAGUCGAUCAGUCGGACUUUUGACUGAUCUGCUGAUGACCUCUGAACGGGUCACAGUAAGCACAAACACCAUUUGACCUUUGAGUCUGUUCAUGUGGUGACACUGCCAGACUUAUCUGGAUCAGAACCGACAGAAGCCAGAUCCUCACAAGAGGCUUGAUGACUGAACUGAAACACAGAGUGAAAAUGAAACGUUUUAUUUUUGCUUCGCAUCAUGUUACGCAUCUGUGAAUGUACAGAGACGCCGACACAUACCAGCACCGUAGACCUGUUUCGCAUGCCUUAGUAAGCACAAAGGAUUGUGGGCUACCAAAGGACAAACUUUAGUUCAGGUGUCUUUUGUCACAAAACAAUUUAUAUGUGACACGACUGCCACCACAAGUGGACUCCGGGUCACGCCGGAUCACGACUGAGGUGCUAACUCUACAUCCAACAUCCUGGAAUGCAAAAAGAAUAUUAAAAAAAAAAAUCAUCAUGUUCCGCUAUGGACCAGCUACUUCUGAAUUGUUGAGUGUUUGUGGACUUUAUCUUAAAUGUUUAAAUCACAAUGAAGAAAAUGAUUCCUGCUGUUUUUGUUCAUGUAUUAGUCUUGGCUGGAAAUGUACCCUCAGAAUACAGUCGUGCACCAGGAGAGCAGUAGCGCCUCCCAGUCAUUCAUGACGGCCAAUGAAUUUCAAAGUGCAUCCGUCCCUUCUAUGUCUAAGUCUACGGGACGGAAUUCAGGAAUUAAAAAAAAUGGUUCUCAUGUUCCAGCCAAGACAUCCAACUAAAAAGCAAUAAACGAUGCAACUUAGAGACAAAACACACAAAUGUAAUUCAGGGUGUGAUUUCUGUCAUCAGUCACUCACUGCCAGUAAAUAAAUAAAUACAUGGAAGAUGAAAACUGAAACUCUGGCUCUGAUUGUCUCGCAAAUUUAAUAAAAAAAAAAAACAGUUCAAGUCUGGUGGUUUUUUAACUUUAUUAAUUUGAGGAUUUCAGUGAUUUUCUUUUUUAAGUCUGGUUACAAAUGAUUGGCGGAAGGUUUGUGAGAUUAAAACAAGUAAACCCCGUCGGUUCACUUCUGACACAAAAUGCGUUGUAGUUCCUCUCCUGUCCUGCAGGGGCGCUAAAGGUCCUUGAUGAGAAAAGUCUAACUGGGCGUACGGCCAAAGAAACUUUCAGUUCAUGGAGAGGAAAAGAAAAAAUAUGGACCAAGACACCAA